CGGGAGUUGUAGUGCGUGCUGGCUUCGGGUCGGAUGUGCGGAGGACUCAAGUUGCUGAUAUCUUCAGCCCGCCCCUUGCCCUCCCGGGACCACGGAGGAGCCGUUGUGGGCCGCAGUUAAGGACCGUUACCAUCCCGGGUAUCUGUGAGAGACCAAAGGCUGCUGGCCUUCCUCGGCGGGCCCUGGACGGCUCUGGCCUCCGAGAAGGCGGCCGACUGCGAGGUGCUCACCCAGGCUCUGAGUCGCUGUGUCUCAGCCCCGAGGUGCCGGGCUCCCCAAGCUCGUCGCGCCCGCUACUCCUCGUUUUUCCGGGGAACCUCCACGACGACCCUUAAGUGAGCGCGUGCAUGCUGGCCCGGGAAACGCCUCGCGUCUGAGCGUGUUCCCCCGCACAAGCCUGGAGCUGAGCCCCAUUUCACAGACUGGAAACUGCCCUAGAGUUUGGUAAAGUACAGUCACACGGCUAAGUGGCAAAAUCAGUGUCCAGAUGCGAGUCUGUCUGCCCCUUGGUCCUCUUAUUUUUCACCACCACUUCUCUGAUGCACGCACCACCAAAGAGUUCAGUUAAUCAUAAGGUCGUCUGUGCGAUCCCAGGGGCUUCUGGCUGCUGACCUUGCCAGCUCUCCAGUGACUCCGACCUGGUUGACCUGCUCAUUCCUGGAAGAUGUUCCUGGUGGGCCUGACAGGGGGCAUUGCCUCGGGCAAAAGCUCCGUAUUGCAGGUCUUCCAGCAGUUGGGCUGUGCAGUGGUCGAUGUGGACAUCAUUGCCCGGCGCAUCGUCCAGCCAGGACGUCCUGCCCACCGUCGCAUUGUGGAGGUCUUUGGCACCGAGGUCUUGCUGGAGAAUGGUGAAAUCAACCGCAAGGUCCUGGGAGACCUGAUCUUUAAGCAGCCGGACCAGCGGCAGCUGCUCAAUGCCAUCACCCACCCCGAGAUCCACAAGGAGAUGAUGAAGGAGACCUUUAAGUACUUCCUCCAAGGGCACCGCUAUGUGAUUCUGGACAUCCCGCUGCUGUUUGAGACCAAGAAGCUGCUCAGGUACAUGAAGCACACCAUCGUGGUGUAUUGCGAUCGAGACACGCAGCUGGCACGACUGAUGAAACGGAAUGGCCUGAGCCUUGAAGAUGCUGAGGCCCGUAUCCAGGCCCAGCUGCCUCUGAAGGACAAGGUCCGGAUGGCCAACCAUGUGCUGGACAACUCGGGCAACUGGGGUGACACGCGGCGCCAGGCCAUCCUUCUGCACCUGAGGCUGGAGCGGUCACUGGAGUACCUGCCCCUGCGGCUCAGCGUGCUCAUGGGGCUGGCGGGCAUUACCAGCCUCCUCUACCUGCUCGCCCGCUGCCUGCUGCCUUCCCCCUAGCCAGGUACAGCCCUGAACACCCUCGGUCUGGCUGGCCAGCCCUCUCUCCUUCCCUCCCAAAAGCACCCACUCCAGCUCCUGUGGCUUGAGGCAGCAGUGGUGGCU